UCGGUUACCGAAAAUUGAAACCCUCGUUUUUUCUGUUUCAGACUCUUAUCAGUCGACAGCCACACGAAGAAGAAGAAGAAGAAGAAGAAGAAGAAGAAGACGACGACGACGGAGAUAUAGCGACACGGUGGUGAAUUAGCUGACGUCGUCGAGAAAACCAUCAAAGUGACAUGCAAUCUCUCGAAAUGAAUGGAAGUGUCCUUUGGUGCCUACAUAUGAUUAAUUUAUAGCAAAAUUAGCAGUGAAGAGUUCGAAUGACAGGUGCUGCUGCCAGUUUGCAUAUUUGGGAAAAGCAUUAUGGCUCAGCAAUCAUCUCGUCUUCAACGCCUGCUCACUCUGUUGGACACUGGUUCUACCCAAGCAACAAGGUUUACAGCUGCUCGUCAGAUAGGGGAAAUUGCCAAAUCACACCCUCAGGACUUGAAUUCUCUGUUAAGUAAGGUUUCUCAAUAUCUCCGUAGCAGAAACUGGGAUACAAGGGUUGCUGCUGCUCAUGCCAUUGGUGCUAUUGCUGAGAACGUUAAGCACACAUCUUUGACUGAACUAUAUUCUUGCGUUGAGACAAAGAUGGCAGAGGCUGGGAUUUCUGGUGCUGUGGAAGAUGUGGUGGCGGGCCCUGCCUUUCAUCCUAAAAUUGUAUCAGGUGUUUCAUUUAGAAGCUUUGAUAUUAACAAGGUGUUGGACUUUGGGGCUUUAUUGGCAUCUGAAGGACAGGAAUAUGAUAUUGGAAGUGAUAGCACCAAGAAUCCGAGGGAGCGAUUGGCUCGCCAAAAACAGAAUCUUCGACGUCGAUUGGGUUUAGAUGUAUGUGAGCAGUUCAUGGAUGUCAAUGAGAUGAUAAGAGAUGAAGACCUUGUUGUGCAUAAAUUUAAUUCCCAUGGGAAUGGGAUAGCCCAUCAAUUAUAUAUGUCACAGUCUGUACAUAAUAUCAAGCAAUAUGUCUCAAAUAUGGUGCCUGGUUUCAAAUCUAGAAGACCAAGUGCUAGGGAACUGAAUCUUUUAAAACGAAAAGCAAAAAUUAAUUCGAAGGACCAAGGGAAAGGUUGGUCUAAGGAUGGAGAUGCAGAAGUAUCCUUUUCUCAAGAUACGCCAUCACCAAAGGGCUUUUGUCCUGAUUCAGCAAGCUCCAACAAGCUAUUUACAGAUUCUAUUCUGGAUGAAGACAGCUCCUAUUAUGAGGGAGAUGGGGGUUGGCCUUUCCAUAGUUUUGUUGAACAACUCAUCCUUGAUAUGUUUGAUCCUGUUUGGGAGGUUCGCCAUGGGAGUGUCAUGGCUUUGCGAGAAAUUUUAACUCAUCAAGGUGCAUGUGCGGAGGUCUUUAUGCCUGAUCUGAGCUGUGAUGGUGCAUCAUUUUAUGAAUCAAAAGAUGCAGUUAAUGCAAAUACAAUAAAGAGAGAGAGAGAAAUAGAUUUGAAUAUGCAGGUUCCUGCAGAUGAGUCUGAGCCAAACUUUAAGAGGCCAAGGCUUGAAGAUGCAUCAUCUACAAUGAUGGGUACAGUGAUCUCCUCCAGCAAGGAUCAUAACUUUGAUAUGCAUACAAAUGUUGAAGAUAGGGGAUGGAAUUUGCCUGCUGGGCAGGCUACUGUCGAAUCCAAUGUUGGUCAUGUUAAGGUGGAGCCUCAAUCUUUUCCUGAUGGAAUUUGGCAUUUGCAUAAGGAAGCUGUUGAUGUAGCAGAGCUAAAGGGUAAUUGUGGAUAUAAGGGUUCCAUGGAAAAUAUUGACGUCCUGAAAAAUAUUCCUGAAAAUUGUGAGCUGAUGAACUUGGUCAAACUGGCUAGGCACUCUUGGCUUAAAAAUUGUGAAUUUCUUCAAGAGUGUGCAAUUCGUUUCUUGUGUGUAUUGUCACUAGACCGUUUUGGGGACUAUGUAUCUGAUCAAGUUGUUGCUCCAGUGAGAGAAACCUGUGCGCAAGCUUUAGGUGUUGUGCUCAAGUACAUGCAUCCCACUUUGGUUCAUGAGACAUUGAAUAUCUUGCUGCAAAUGCAGGUAAACAUCAUACCAGAAUGGGAAAUUCGCCAUGGGAGUCUUUUGGGUAUCAAAUAUUUGGUUGCUGUGCGACAGGAGAUGCUUCAUGACUUGCUUGGCUGCGUUAUCCCUGCAUGUAAAGCUGGGCUGGAGGAUCCUGAUGAUGAUGUGAGAGCAGUUGCUGCAGAUGCCUUGAUACCCGCUGCAACUGCUAUUGUUUCUUUAAACGGUCAAACGUUGCAUUCCAUCGUUAUGAUACUCUGGGAUAUUUUGCUUGACUUGGAUGAUUUAAGUCCUUCCACUAGCAGCGUAAUGAAUCUGUUGGCAGAAAUAUAUUCUCAGGAACAGAUGAUUCAGAUGUUUGGGGCACUGACAUCAAAAGAAAAACAGGAAUUUGAUCUUAAUGAAAUAGGUCGGGUGGAUGACCUUGGAGAAGGGCUAGGCUCUCAGGAAAAUCCCUAUAUGUUAUCAACAUUGGCACCACGUUUAUGGCCAUUCAUGAGGCAUAGUAUCACAUCAGUUCGUUAUUCAGCUAUUCGAACCUUGGAGCGGUUGCUUGAAGCUAGAUAUAAAAUGAACAUCUUGGACUCCUCUACUAGUUCUUUUUGGCCUUCGUUUAUUUUGGGAGACACAAUUAGGAUCGUUUUCCAGAACCUGCUGUUGGAGUCGAAUGAGGAUAUUUUGCAAUGUUCAGAGAGGGUUUGGAGGAUCCUUGUUCAGUGCCCAGUGGAAGACUUGGAAGCUGCUGCAAAUUCUAAUUUUUCUUCUUGGAUAGAGCUGACAAGUACUCCAUUUGGUUCACCCCUGGAUGCAACAAAAAUGUUUUGGCCUGUUGCCCUUCCUCGUAAAAGUCAUUUUAGAGCAGCGGCUAAGAUGAGAGCUGUGAAGCUUGAAAAUGACACUUUCAGAAAUAUUGCCUUGGAUUCUGCAAAAUUUAGCACUUUGCAAGAGAAGAAUGGAGAUGGUUCCACCAAUCCUGUUAAGAUAAUUGUUGGUGCUGACAUGGAAAUGUCAGUAACGCAUACACGAGUAGUUACGGCAACAGCAUUAGGAAUUUUAGCUUCUAAGUUGCAUGAAGGAUCUAUGCAAUAUGUAGUUGAUCCAUUAUGGAAGGCAGUCACCUCUUUAUCUGGGGUUCAGCGCCAGGUGGCUUCUUUGGUUCUCAUUUCAUGGUUCAAAGAGAUUAAAAGCAGGAAAAUUUCUGGAAGCGAUGGUGUUAUGCCUGGUUUUUCCUCUGAUUUUAAGAAAUGGUUAUUGGAUUUGUUAGCAUGCACUAACCCCGCAUUCCCUACCAAAGAUUCAUGUCUUCCUUAUGCUGAACUUUCAAGGACAUACGCCAAGAUGCGCAAUGAGGCCAGUCAGUUGUUUCGAGCUGUUGAAUCAUCUGGCCUGUUUAACAAUUUGUUGUCAACUAUCAAUAUUGACCUGGAAAGUUUGAGUGUGGAUAAUGCAAUGAAUUUUGCAUCAAAACUACCAAUGCUAAAUAAUGAUACUGCUGCAGAAGAAUCUGUGGGAAGGAAUAUUGUUGAUGAACUUGAAUCUUUAAAACAGAGACUUUUGACAACAGCUGGCUAUUUAAAAUGUGUUCAGAGUAAUUUGCAUGUUACUGUCUCUGCUUUAGUUGCUGCUGCCGUUGUCUGGAUGUCAGAGCUUCCUGCAAAACUUAAUCCAAUUAUUUUGCCUUUGAUGGCUUCUAUCAAAAGAGAGCAGGAGGAAAUACUGCAAAAUAAGGCAGCUGAGGCACUUGCAGAGCUUGUUUGUCACUGCAUUGUGCGUAGGCCUGGUCCCAAUGACAAGCUAAUUAAGAAUCUUUGUAGUUUGACAUGCAUGGAUCCUUGUGAGACUCCUCAAGCUGGUGUCUUGAGUUCCAUAGAGAAAAUUGAAGAUCAAGAUCUUCUCUCAUUUGGGAGCAGUACUGGGAAACAGAAGUCAAAGGUUCAUGUGCUAACUAGUGGUGAUGACCGAUCAAAGGUUGAGGGCUUUAUUAGCAGACGAGGGUCUGAACUUGCUUUGAAGCAUUUGUGCGAGAAGUUUUGUGCUUUGUUGUUUGAUAAGAUUCCUAAGCUUUGGGAUUGCCUUACUGAAAUCCUUAAGCCCUGUGGUGUUGAAGGGCUGACUCAGGAGGAUGAAAAGCAUAUUACCCAAGUUAUCGAAUCAAUUAAGGAUCCUCAAAUCUUGAUAAAUAAUAUCCAGGUCGUACGUUCUAUUGCUCCUAGGCUGGAUGUGGCGUUGAGGCCAAAGCUGCUCACACUUCUCCCAUGCAUUUUCAAUUGCGUUCGUCAUUCCCAUAUUGCUGUGAGAUUAGCUGCUUCCAGGUGUAUCACAUCAAUGGCCAAAUCAAUGACUGAGAAUGUGAUGGCAGCUGUAAUUGAAAAUGUAGUUCCUAUGUUAGGCAACAUGACAUCUGUAGAUGCUAGACAAGGAGCUGGCAUGCUUGUCAGUUUGCUUGUUCAGGGAUUGGGUGUUGAGCUGGUCCCAUAUGCUCCUUUGUUAGUUGUUCCUCUUCUGAGGUGUAUGAGUGAUUGUGAUCAUUCUGUGAGACAGAGUGUGACACAUAGUUUUGCUGCCCUCGUACCUCUUCUUCCAUUAGCACGUGGCCUCACCCCACCUGUUGGACUAACUGAAAGUUUGUCUAGAAAUAAAGAAGAUGCACAAUUUCUGGAGCAACUAGUUGACAACUCCCAUAUUGAUGAUUACAAGCUCUCCAUUGAACUGAAAGUGACCCUGCGAAGGUAUCAACAGGAAGGUAUAAACUGGUUAUCCUUUUUGAAGCGUUUUAACCUUCAUGGAAUCUUAUGUGAUGAUAUGGGCCUUGGCAAAACUCUUCAAGCAUCUGCAAUCGUGGCCUCUGACAUAGCCGAGCGCCGUGCCACAAGAAAUAGCGAGGAUUCUCCAUCAUCAUUAAUUAUUUGCCCAUCAACUCUUGUCGGUCACUGGGUCUAUGAGAUAGAGAAGUUCAUUGAUGCAUCUGUAAUAUCUCCACUACAAUAUGUUGGUUCUGCUCAAGAGCGCAUUGCACUUCGAGGCCAAUUUGAUAACUAUAAUGUAAUCAUAACAUCAUAUGAUGUGGUCCGCAAAGAUAUUGAUUCUCUUGGACAGUUUUCUUGGAACUAUUGCAUUUUAGAUGAGGGGCAUAUCAUCAAGAACUCAAAGUCUAAAAUCACAGGUGCUGUGAAACGGUUGAAGGCCCAGCACCGCCUUGUACUGAGUGGAACACCAAUCCAGAACAACGUUUUGGAUCUGUGGUCACUUUUUGACUUUCUGAUGCCGGGAUUUCUUGGAACGGAGAAACAAUUCCAAGCCACUUAUGGAAAACCAUUGGUGGCAGCUAGAGAUUCCAAAUGUUCUGCCAAGGAUGCUGAAGCGGGUGCACUUGCCAUGGAAGCCUUGCACAAGCAGGUCAUGCCUUUCCUCCUCAGGCGAACAAAAGAUGAAGUCUUGACUGAUCUGCCAGAAAAAAUCAUUCAGGACAGAUACUGUGACCUAAGUCCUGUCCAGCUAAAACUUUAUGAACAGUUUUCUGGUUCGCAUGUCAAGCAAGAAAUAUCAAGUAUGGUAAAGCUAAAUGACGCGGAUACAGGAGAAGGAAAUAGUGCUUCACCAAAAGCAUCUUCACAUGUUUUUCAGGCACUUCAAUACUUGCUAAAACUUUGCAGCCAUCCAUUGCUUGUCACUGGUGAAAUGAUUCCAGAUUCACUCACAUGCCAUUUGUCAGAACACCUCCCUGCCAAUACAGACAUAAAUUCAGAACUUCAUAAGCUGCACCAUUCUCCUAAAUUAGUUGCUCUUCAGCAGAUCCUGGAAGAAUGUGGAAUAGGCGUGGAUGCCUCAAGCUUUGAAGGCUCCAUUUGUGUUGGGCAGCAUAGAGUUCUUAUAUUUGCGCAGCAUAAGGCCUUUCUGGACAUAAUUGAAAAAGACUUGUUUCAGGUGCAUAUGAAGAAUGUCACGUACUUGCGGCUGGAUGGAUCAGUUGAACCAGAAAAGCGUUUUGAUAUCGUGAAAAAUUUCAAUUCAGACCCUACUAUUGAUGCACUGCUGCUUACAACACAUGUUGGUGGGCUUGGUUUGAACUUGACAUCAGCUGACACCCUUGUAUUCAUGGAGCAUGACUGGAAUCCGAUGCGAGAUCAUCAGGCAAUGGACAGAGCACAUAGGUUAGGUCAGCGGAAAGUUGUGAAUGUUCAUAGACUUAUAAUGCGAGGAACCCUGGAGGAGAAAGUUAUGAGCCUCCAAAAGUUCAAAAUGUCAGUUGCUAAUGCUGUUAUUAAUGCGGAUAAUGCUAGUCUGAAAACGAUGAAUACAGAUCAAUUGCUUGAUUUAUUUACAUCAGCAGAAAGCAAAAAGGGUUCUACUGCAUCGAAGGGUUCUGAUGCGGACUUUGAUGGAGUCCCGAAAUCUGUGGGUGGCGGGAAGGGACUAAAGGCCAUCCUCGGUGGACUUGAGGAGCUUUGGGAUCAAUCGCAGUACACUGAAGAGUACAAUCUGAACCAGUUCUUAGCUAAGCUAAAUGGCUGAUCGUAGCUGUCUGAUUUAUCCGGGCAAAGUUUUGGAUCACUCACUAUGAAAGAAGUUCGAGCUAGUUCCUAAUUAAAGCUUGAACGGUUGAGCCCUAGGAGCGCACCAUGUGUACAGAAUUGUAUAUUAGGAGUCAGAUCCCCAGAUUUUGACAGUUUAGCCAUAAUUCUUUUUACCCUUUCCUUCUAUAUGCUGCGAUGUAUGAGUGCGAGUUCAUGAAAAAAAUAUGGUUGAGUAGUUAGUCCAGGAGUAACCCUGGCAAGAAAGGGAAAAUUGUAAAUUUUGGAUGAUGUAUAUACAUUCAGGUUCUCCAUUUGAAUUAAAAAGAUAAAAUCAUAUUGCUGGAGAAA